GACGACGUAGACAGCCUGAGCCCAGUUCUCAGGGACAACCCUCCACUUCAUGAAGAGGUGAAAGCUUGGGUUAAAGAACAAAAAGUUCAGGAGAUUUUUAUGCAAGGUCCCUAUUCAUUGAACGGCUAUAGAGUACGAGUGUACAGGCAAGAUUCUGCCACCCAGUGGUUCACUGGUAUCAUUACUUACCACGAUCUUUUAAGUCGCACUAUGAUCGUUAUGAACGACCAGGUGCUAGAACCACAGAAUGUUGAUCCUUCUAUGGUACAAAUGACAUUUUUGGAUGAUGUUGUUCAUUCUCUGCUGAAAGGUGAAAACAUAGGCAUCACAUCAAGGCGAAGAUCUCGUUCCAAUCAGAAUAAUCCAACAAUUCAUCUCAGCCAUAUUGAUUUGCUGAAAUAUGGAUCCUACAGAAACUAACAGGAGGGCAAAGCCUUUUCAAGGACUGCACUUUUAAUAACCAGC